GCUCCUCACACGACUGCACUUCCGUUUAGCGCUGAGAGGCUAAAAAUGGCCGAGGUGGACUUCGGAGAUAGUGAGCUUUUCCAGCAACUGGAGGACUCUGCACCGCCGGUCUCAAGGCACAUUCGCUUCACAGACGAUGAGGGAGAAAACGAAGAGGCGAGCCAGCUCCGGAGCAGGCUGGAGGAGUGCGAAGACCAUAUGGAGAGACUUUCGGAGGAGAAUAAAGUAUUGAGACGGAAGCUCAAACUCCUGACACGACCUAGCGGCAUCACGGUGGAGGACGUCAACAUCGACGGGCCGCUCCUUCAGAUCCUCUUUACCAACAAUAUUAUAUCAAAGCAAUGUCGUCAGGAAAUCGAAGACUGCGUCUGCAGCGUCAUUUUGAAGCAUCAGAAGCCAGGCAACGAAAAGAAGAUAUCUGUGUUUCACAUGAAGCCACAGAAUUCAGCUUUUGAGUUGGACGAAGAUCCUGAGAAGUUGUCCUCCAGUAGUGUGAGAACCACAACAGAAGCCUUUAAAGUUGUUGGGAGUGUUUUAUAUUUUUCUACCUUCAGCGUUGACAAACUCGGACAGCCACUGGUGAAUGAAAACCCCCAGCUGACUGAUGGAUGGGAUGUUCCGAUCUACCAGCAGGUUUUUAACCAAGUUAUUGGAACAGAUGGACUGGAAAUGGAAUCUAAAAACAAAAGACCCAAGUCAAUGUGUUUCAACUGUGGCUCCAGCGCUCAUCAGCUCAGAGACUGUCCCCAGCCUAGAGACAUGGCUGCGAUCAAUGAAAGAAGAAAAGAGUUUAAUCAGAACUCGAGCCAGGUCACACAGAGCAACCAGCGUUACCAUGCUGAUGAAGUGGAGGAGCGCUUCGCUAAAUUCAAGCCUGGAGUCUUGAGCGAGGAGCUUUUAGCAGCCCUGGGCGUGGACGGUACCACCCUCCCUCCUCUGAUUUACCGAAUGAGGCAUCUAGGUUACCCACCAGGUUGGCUCAAAGAGGCGGAGAUGGAAAACUCCGGUUUAUCGCUCUAUGACGGAAACGCAUCAAAUGAUGACUUUGGCAGCACUUCACAAAACAUCUCUUAUGAUGUUUCCAAACUGGUGGAUUUCCCAGGCUUUAAUGUGCCUGCGUCUCAUCAAAUCAAGGAUGAAUUUAUGCAUCACGGUUCGAUCCCGAUGCAGACUAGCCACAUGAAGCAAAACUACGCCGCCUACCUGUCCAACAACUUCCCCACGUCUGGCGGCUCCUGCAACAAAAGGCAACAAGAGUUCGACUCAUCGGCCCAUCUCAGGAAGAGGACCAAGUCUAGCCCCGAUAUGAACUCCGACAGAAGCUCAGAUAUGGACAUUGACUCAGAUUCAGGAACACCUUUUUCAUAUCACUCAAGCUCCUUCAAGUUCCAACCACCGCUACCUCCAGGCUCACCUUGCUUCAGUUCACCCCCUCCUUUACCCCAGGGCACCCCCCCCUCCACUCCUACUCGCCCACCUCUCCCUAAAGGUACGCCCCCACCGACUCCCACCAACGGCUCUCCAGCUCUGCAGAGGCGUAACGUGCCGCCAGCCGACGAGACCGCGGGAGGAGCUGAAGACGACCUGACUCUGGAGGAGCUGGAAGAGCAGCAGAGGCUGAUCUGGGCAGCUCUGGAAAACGCCGACACAGCCACGAACAGCGACAGCGAGACACCCGCUGUGGGAACACCCGCUCCCAGCUCUCCCAGCGUGUCCACACCAGCACACGUUGACACGGAAAUGGAAGAUGUUGACGAGUCGGUGGACACGGUGAGACCUCCUGAACCGUGCCGUGAGAGCGAGAAUCAAAAGGAACCAGAUGCACAAGAGGCUUCGGCUGCAAUGCCUAUAUCCAUAAAAGUGGAGGACGAAAGUCCUGAGAGCCCCGAGCCGGAGCCCGUCAGGGCCCAAGAUGAAAGCCCCGAGAGCCCAGACCCAGAGGGUCCUAAAGAGGGGGCUGGAGAUGCUCCUGUUAACCAUGGGGAGAAGAUCGUAGCUGUUCCUCAUCGGAGCAAAUUUGCAGCUGGUAUUGUUCCGUUUGAAGAUACCCCUGAAUUCACGGAAGUAGCCGAAGCCACUGGAACAUACCUGAAAAUCAGAGACUUACUGAAAGGUUCCCCCCGAAGCCUGACAAAGAAGAAAUAAAACGUUAGUCGCGUUGGUUCAGAACACAACGUGGACAUUUUUAAUGUAAAUUUCUCAUUUUCACUAAACAUGACUGUUUUUUUGUUUUGUUUUUAAUCAGUCCAUCUGUAAGACUACAACAAGUAUAGUUUAAGUUUCUGUAGCAGAAACAUUACGUUUUUUAUAUAUGUAUAUGAAAUCUGUGUUUAUUUUUUCUAUGGUCAUGUUUAAGUGACUUUUUUCACUUGUCAAAUUUAGAUUGCUUUAAAAGUCUUAAGUAAACAUGCCUGUAUUCUCCCCCUCUGCUUUUAUUUCACUUGUUUUCAUACAUUUAACCAGAAUGACCCUCCUAGAUAUUUGCCAGGUACUUCCUGAUGGGAAGUACCUGGAAAACCUCCAAAAUAAAAGCAUAAUUUAUGAGA